AUUUCGAAUAGGAAAGGCACACACCAUGUUUCCCGUAUAAACAUUCAGCUUCCCUCCACAUAGUUCUCACAUAGGCCGUCGUAAAUGAUUUAUUCCCAAACAUUUAAUCCAAGAUUACAACAAAAUAUCAGCAGGUGGCUGCAGUAUUUAUAAACUCAAGCAAUCUCGAGACAUCGCGCUUCAGUCAUAAGGAGACACCUUGGAUUGUGCAACGGCGCACGUUGACGCCCAGAUUUACUUUUUCACCUGUGUUAUCGACAAUGUAACCGACGACACGUUACUUCUCCGUAAACCUACGCGAACGAAACUUUAUAAGUACGCCGCACAUUUUUGCGUCGAGUCUUUCGCUUGAGUUUUCUCUUACGGUCGCGUCAUGGAAUCGCGUGUGUUCUGGUUUAUCUUGACGUGCAUUCUGUACAGAGAUGCGAUCGGCGAAUCGAUAUUUGUGAGAGACUUCGCGUCAAUUAACAACACUUCUCAGAUAGGUGGCAAGAAAGAGGAUAUGCAAAGCGAACGAUUAAUUCAUACGCAAACAAAAAAGAGACUCGUGGAAACUGUUAGAAAAAAUCAUACGUUUGACUCUGUAAUUCUGCAUGAAUCGCCGCGUGUGACAGAUUUAUUAGUGAAGACAAAAAUUGAAAACGCGAGGUGUUUUAGGUACUGCAUAGAACAAAUGGAAACUGACGAAGAUAAGACGCUUGAAGAUAUCAAUCUCUAUUGGUCACUCGCCGGAAACGAAAACGAAACGGAUAUAUUUUUAUUAAAAAAAAGCCCAAGGUUAAAGAUAUCAAAAUAUAUCAUUAACAGUUUGGCAAGUUUAGAGAAUAAUUGCCAAAUUUAUCUUUAUCUCGGUUGCGAAGUUGUAAAUAUGGAAGGAAGUCUGAUGAAUCAAUAUGAAAGAACAGACUCGAGUUCAGAAAUUAAUGAUCAAAGCACUGAAACCUCCUGGCGUAUCGAUUCAGAGUUUCCGCAGAAGGAAACAUUGAUGCACAGGAUCAACUUGAGCGGAUACACUGAAAGCAAGUUUUACAUUGACGUCAAUGUGACGAAAAUUAUAAUCAACAUUCGAGGGAAUCUUACACGCGCGAUUCUGGCUAUACCUACAACAGACAGGACGAUGCAGAGGCCAGCAAUAACGAUAUCGUUGGCGCGUAUGUACGAUGCGAAAGGGGUGACUAUCGGCGCGCGCAACCCUCCGCCAGGUGGCUGGCUCGUGAAACUAACAGGGGUGGAAAAUUCAAAGUACAACUUGGGCGUGACCAGUUACUUCGGAGCGAGCGAAGAAAAUUACACGAAGAAUGAAAUUAUCAGCGUCCGACUCAUGAACGAAUCCGAAGAAAACUUAGAUUCGCAGAACGAAGCAACAACUGUGACAGUUAAAAAACUUCAUCAAUCCGAUAAAGUGAAAAAGAUCUCCGAGGAUAUGAUAGAGGCAAAUGAUCGAAUCGAUUCGGCAUUUCCAAUGAAGUCUGAUACAAGUAACAGACCGAAAUUUGUAUUUGAGAGAUCUGCAGAAGUUGUGAACGACGUAGCGAUGGUGGGUGAUCUUUCUGACGCGUCACUCUCCUCCUCACUUGAAGUUAUCGCAGUGAAAGAUAUUGUUAACAGUUCUGCCUUGUCCAAUAAUUCUUUGGCGAGUUAUGGUGACGCCAGAACUCUGCAAAGUGCGUCAAACAGGCCGAUACUCAACGGAAGAAUGCUUAUUCUGCCAAAAGAACAGGAACAGAAAAUUCAGGUGCGAUCAUCCGAAGUUGCCUCCUUGAACGAAGACAUCGAUAUGAAUGUGAGGCCAUUCGCUGGUAAAAACGUAUCGACAGGAAUGACGAAGAAUCAAGGACUUUCAACGAGAUUGGCAGGGGACAACCAAGAAGAUAUUCUUGGAAAGCAAAGGAUAUUGAUAGAAGUAAAUCCUGAAAGUAGCUUGGUGGCUGUACCAGGGAGAAUACAUACAGUAUUCUUCGACUUGACGAACAAUUGCGUUCUUACGGUCAGAUAUGCAGUACGAGCUACGAGCUCGUCGUUUAGGAUUAGCAGCGUACGACCUCCGCUCGUGUGGUUAUACCCGGGGCAAACAGGCUAUGUAGCCGUGGAUAUCAUUGUGCCAGCAGGAGUCGGGCAAAAUACAGUCAAUACAAUUACAUUGUCCGUCGAAGGUACGGAGAUAUCAGAAAAAGCGGUGUAUGUGUACGUCCAAAAUCCGUUCUCCAAGAUUAUUGAUAAUGUGAGGCCAACUAUCGAAUACUCGUUUAAUAGUAAUUGCGCUGGUAAUUUAAACAGAGACCGAUGCGAUAAAACAUUUUGGAGCGCUGACAUCACUAUUCGAGAUCCCGAUUCGGGUCUGAAGAGUGUAACGUCGACUCCGAAUAGAAUAUAUCCACGCACUGAAUUCAUAAGUGGUACAAAAAACUCUGUGACGUUUUAUUAUUUAUCAACAUGCUGUACUACGACAGCUACAGUUACAGCGAUUGACAUAUUAAAUAAUCAAUAUUCCCGUAAAAUGGACGUCACAGAAUGGGACAACCUGUCGCAGGGGGAGAUAGCUGCUAUCGUAGUUGGUGCGUUACUUCUUCUCCUUCUUCUAGUAUUCCUCAUCAUCUCAAUAGUCUAUUGCGUUCGCAAGAAGAAUGGUCAUGAUCUACCUUACACACAAAGAUACGGCUCCAGGCCACCUGCUAGAUCCGAAAGAACCAGCUUCUAACAACAUUCUUGUAGAAGUCAACUGUGUCAUUGGAAGUUGCACUAUACCUAAAUCUAUACCUAUACGCCUAUCUGUAUAUAUACAUAAGUAAAGUAUUUAAUAAAUUUCUAUGUAUAAAAGAAAUCUAAUGUUAUGAAAUACUAAAUACAAAUCGUUGUAGUAGUCAACUUGUCACUCAAGAAAAGAGAAGUCAUAGUGAAACUAAACGAUGCUUCUUACGAACUACAUCUCACAGAGAAUGUUUGAUGCAAAGUUUGUACCUUCGAAGAAGUGCUUUAUAUUUAUAGAAGUGUCAACAAAAAUAAAUUAUACAGUAAAGGACAUGCAGAAAUCAUAAACAGUAGAAGUUGUGAACUGUGCGAACUAAUAUAGACCAGUCACAAUUUAGAAUUAUCGAGAACAUAACUGCAGCUUUCA